CUUUGAACAUUGACAUAACAAUAAAUUCCAAAUUGUGUUGUCAAAAUGUUACUGUUAACACCAAAAAUGACGUUGACUCGUAAAACACUAGUUAUAAAGAAUUUUCACCAAAAUGAAAAUAAUACAAAAUCCAUACAUACUGCUAUUCGUUCUCUACAAAUCGAUUUAAACAGUAUUUUAAAAUCGCAACCAAGAAAAUUAUCUCUUCAAGAAUUGUUCAGCGUUGUUGAAAAUCUUCACAGCACUCAUAGGAACCUUUUGUAUAAUAAACUAAAGGAUAUUUUAGAAGAUGUUUUGAUGGAAAAACUGGAGCAGCUCAAUAAAAAUGGCGAAGAUUUAUUGGUAACCAUCAAUAAUGUUUGGACGGAGUUUUGCAAAAAUGUUUGUACAAUUAAAAAUAUUUUUCUAAAUUGUGAUAGAUCUUCACAAAACCUUAAUAAGUAUAACACUGUUCAUCAACUAACCACAGGUUUGUUCAAGACUAUAAUAAUUCUAAACCCAAAAGUCAAGAAUGCUUUAACAGACAACAUAAUUACUUUGAUUCAAUAUCAAAGAAGAGGUAACGAAAUUGAUACUUAUUUAUUAAAAUCGGUGUUAGAAAUGUUGUCUGAUUUACAAGUUUAUAGUGAUAUUUUUCAAAUAGAAUUUUUGAAAAAUUCCAAUAUCUUUUACGCAGAUGAGGGUAAUAUUUUAAUAAAUAUGAUUGAUGUAAGAACUUAUCUGAAACAUUGCCAAGCCAGAAUUAAAGAGGAACAAGAGAAAUCUAAAUUCUAUCAAAAUAAAUACACAUCUUCGGCUGUAUUGGAAAUUCUCAAUCAAAAUUUAAUUAAAGAUCAUCUGAAGGAAAUCCUAGAAAACGUUUUUAAGCUAUUAGACAAAAAAGAGAUUGGUAAUACAGAUUUAUUGAUUUUAUAUAAUCUGGUUAAAAAAGUAUUAUUGGGUUUGAAGAGCCUUACAGAAUUUUUUAUUGAAUAUAUUAUGAAACGAGGAACCUAUAUUGUCAGUAGACCAGAUAACGAAAAGACAAUGAUACAAGAACUGUUGGAUUUCAAAGACGAGUUAGACAAUAUGGUUGAACGCGGAUUCAAAGGCAACGAAUCUUUUACAGACAUUAUAAGAAACUGUUUCGUAAGAUUCAUCAAUAGCAAACAGAACAAACCAGCACAAUUGUUGGCCAAAUACAUCGACAUCAAACUUAGAUCUAAAGAUUUGUCUGAAGAAGAAUUGGAGAAUAUUUUAAAUAAAGUGAUGGUCUUGUUCAGAUACAUUCAGGGGAAAGAUAUUUUCGAAGCAUUUUAUAAGAAAGAUUUAGCUAAAAGAUUGUUGUUGGGAAAAUCUACAAGUCAAGAUGCCGAAGACAGUAUGAUUGGUAAACUAAAAGUGGAGUGCGGUGCAGGUUUUACUUCUAAAAUAGAAGGCAUGUUUAAAGAUAUCAACAUCAGUCAAAGUAUGAACAACGCCUUUAAACAGCAUUUAUUUCACAUUUGUUCUACCAUUACUUCUGAUCUCUGUAUAAAUGUUUUAACAAGCAGUUUCUGGCCGAAUUAUCCCAUCUAUAAGGUAAACUUACCUUCGGAAUUGGUAAACUACCAAGUAAUUUUCCAAAAAUUUUACUCUAUCAAUCACAACGGAAGGAAGCUCGUAUGGCAACCAAAUCUUGGUCAUUGUAUUGUAAAAGCGGUUUUCGAAAGCGGUAAUAAAGAACUACAAGUGUCCUUAUUUCAGGCCAUAGUCCUUUUACUCUUUAACGAAUCCAAUAAAUUGACUUUCAGCGAGAUUCACGAACUUACCAAUAUAGAUAUAGAAGAAUUAAAGAGAACUUUAAUAUCUUUGGCCUGUACAAAGAACAGAGUUCUACUCAAACAAUCUAAAAACCGAGAGAUUGAAGCUGACGAAACGUUUUGCAUUAAUAAUAAAUUUAGCGAUAAACUGUUCAGAGUUAAAAUAAACCAGAUACAACUGAAGGAAACCGUUGAGGAUCAGCAGGCAAUUGAGAAAAGUGUUCUGGCUGAUAGACAAUUUCAGAUCGACGCGGCUAUUGUAAGAAUCUUGAAAAACAAAAAGAAGAUUAGCCACAACGAGCUGAUAUCUGAAUUAUUCAAUAAUUUGGACAUACCUGUCAAGCCUUACGAUCUUAAGAAGAGAAUAGAAUUAUUGAUAGAGAGGGAAUACAUGGAGCGUGACAAAGACGACCCCACUAAUUAUAUUUAUAUAGCUUAAAAAAAUAUAUAAUUUAAAUUGUUCUACUUUAAUAUGUUGUUG